AUGUUGCUGCACAUGGGUGCGGACUACCACCAUGUGGUCUACAACUGCGAGGAAGUGUGGGUUGCGUGGCAGAGCCUGAAGGUGCUGUACGGUGGAUCCCAGAAAGCGGGAAGGAUCUACCUCAAGCGUCAACUCUUCAGCAUGAAUAUGGAUGAAGGCGCCAACGUCAUGCAUCACUGCAACGAGGUCCUGAACAUCGCUGUCAAGCCUAGCAGCUUCGGUGCGAAGACGGAGGACGAGGACGUCGCAAUUUGCCUGCUGCUCAGCCUCCCUAAGAGUUUUGAGACCGUUGUUCUAAACUUGGAGAUGAGCAGCGCGGAGCUUCGUACCCAAGAUGUGGUGAAAGUGCUCACGAAUGAGCACACCAAGCGCCAAGGGGAGAAGACGACAACAACAGCGACGAUGGCCAAGACUGAAGAUGCAGCCAAGGCCUUCAACACUAAGCGGGAGCCAUACAAGUGCACCUACUGUGGGAAGGUGGGACACACCGUCGAUCGCUGUUCGUCCAAGCAGAAGAAUGAAAGUCUAGGAGCCCGACGCGGCGGCAAUGGUCGUGGACGCGGGGCAAACAAUGUCCAGUGCGGACAAUAUCGUGAUGAAGGCAGCGACUACGAUCAAGUAGCGUUUGCAGUUUCGCUAGAGUUUGGACUCUCAGCGAAGAAGGACGUGUCCGGAAUGUGGGCCGUCCACAGUGGUGCAACACACCACAUAUGCCACGACAAGACCAAGUUUGCAAGACUGAACAAGCGCAACGACGGUGAAAUCUUGGUGGCAGAUGGCAACAAAGUGGCCAUCAAGGGUGUUGGAACCAUCUUUGAAAAGGUGGUUCUGCCCGACGGUGAAGAGCGCGAGAUCGAGAUCAAGAACAUGCUUUACGUACCAAGCAUGAGAAAGAACCUACUAUCGGUACCGCAGAUCAACAAGCACGGCAAGUUUCAAGUCGUGUUCAACGGGACCAAGAUGUUUGUCGCUCGCAAAGGAUCGCAACAAGUGGUGGCAACAGCAGAUCUUGUGGAUGGUCGUUACUGGCUUCACACAGCUCAUCGAUCGGCCAAUGCGACAACAAACGGAUGCAACGGUGUAGACUUGCAUGCGCGAAUGGGACACGCUCCAGCUGAUGUGCUUCGCAAAAUGGUGGCCACGAACAUGAUCAAGAAUGUGAAGGUGUGGCAAAGUCACUACUCAAAUUUUGUACGAGGAUCGGUGGCCACACCUUUAAAGCGCCGUUUACUGGUGGAAAAGGAGGCCAUGAGACUCGGCGAUCCAAUACGGAGGUGGAAGAUGAUCUUAACGGGAUCGGCGAACCGAUCCAACUGUCGUUAG